AUGACUGUGGAAAUAGAGAAUAAUGGCAUCGGGCUAUCCUCUAUAAAAGACAGAAAUAUCAAGAGGUUGGUGACCUCCGAACAGGAGAACAUUACAAGAACUAAAGGGAGGCCAUUCGACUACUCCUACGUCGUCAAGGACAACUACCAAAACCUGGACUUCGGUCACAAGUCCACCUCCGACGGGAAGGUGGUGACCGGCGACUACCACGUCCUCCUCCCCGACGGUCGCAAUCAGACCGUCGUCUACACCGCCGACGGCUACAACGGCUACCAGGCUCAGGUUGCUUACCACGGAGAAGCCAGGUACCCCGAGACCAAGCCCUAUGCCCCUGCUCCAUCCUACGGUGCCCCUAAACCCGCUUACAAAGGACCUGCCCCAGUCUAUGGAGCCCCAGCUCCAACUUACGAAGAACCCACAGCUCUCUAUGGUGCUCCCGAGUACUGA